UGCAGCAGAUAUUGUACGGAGAGCUUCUCUAUUUGUACCUUCAGUUUUCAGCCAUGAAUUCGUUGAAUUCCACCUCGAUAAUGGCGAAGAGGUUCUCGGAGGUGAGAAGCAGCGCGAAGGCCGUUGUUCAUAGUGAGCCGUUGAUCCAGAAUUAUUCGAAUUUCAAGCGGAGCUCUUGCCCGGAGCGCUUGAUGUUCUACCAGAACGGAUCGUGGGUUGAUUAUUCCGAGGAAGUGUCGGAAUUGCUGAAAUUAGGGUUUGCGGAGGGUCGGCCGGUGGUUGAGGCUCAAUUGCUCGGGUACAGCUGUUUGUUUGACUUGUACCGCAUGCUCGAGAUUGAUUUGGAGUCCGGUAAUCAGCGUUCCAUCGCUUGGAUUGAUACUGGUGGUAAGUGCUUUUUCCCUAAAACGUUCGUCAACAGCUGCGAAAAUGAUCGUGAGGUGGAAUUGGGCGAUGGCGAUGAGAGCUGCGCGAGGAUUGAAAUUGAUGUCAGAAUUGUUGAGAAUUCGGGGGAUCGCGAGGGUGCGGGGUUGAAGGAAGGUGUGAAUUUUGGUAAGAGGGGGAGAAUCGACGAUGUGGAGGAGAGUUUUUGUGGCGCCGCUGCGAAAAGGGUGAAAAUAGAUGAGAGUGAGUUGCAAUCAUCGCGGUGGCCGAAGGCGAGGAAUUUGGCAGCUGGGGAGAAACGGUAUGAGAUAGUGAGGAAUCUGUUCUUAUCCGGGCUGGAGAAUGUGGAGCCGGGUGCUAUGGUUACCGCCAUUCAUCAAUGUGUGCGGACGGGACCUUUGGAUAAAGCGCGUUCUGAGGUUUUUUCCAAGCAAAUGGAGAUCAUGAAACGAGCUAGAGGUGGGAUUAAUGUGGUUUUCGCGUGGUGUGGGAUGUCCUCCCGGGGCGUGGAGAGCGUCUUGAUGCAUGGGUUUGGAAUCCCUAGCAAGUUAUCUCGAUCAGCCAGUCAUGGCGUUGGAAUUCACUUGUCACCUAUACGAUUGCCCCAACAUAGUGCAAUGUUGGCUGAGGUGGAUGAGAAUGGUGAGAAGCAUGUCAUAUUGUGUAGAGUGAUAUUGGGAAGAUGCGAGAAGGUUGAAGCAGGAUCGCUACAGUCGUAUCCUUCAAGUGUGGAGUACGAUACUGGUGUUGAUGAUUUGAACAAUCCUAGGUGGUAUACUGUGUGGCAGGGGAAUAUGAACACUCAUAUUCUACCAGAAUGCGUGGUCAGCUACCGGCCUGUAAAUAUAAAUGGUUCUGUAAAUAGUAUCCCUAAGAAUAGGGUUCCUCAUCCGUCGACAUUUAUUGCAAAGCUAUUCACCAAGCUGAGAGGUUUGCUUCCUUUCCCGCAGUUUUGCGAGUUGCAAACUUCGUGGGAGUCGUGCAAGAAAGGGAAGUUGGGGAAACAUGCUUUCAUGAAAAAAUUACGAUUACUUGUUGGAGAUGAUGUGCUGCACUCUACCAUUCAUGACAUUCGUGGCUGAGAAUAAGUCUUCUGUACUUGUAUGUUCAUAGUUGGCAGAAUAGAAUUAGAUAGUUUUAGUCAAAACCUGUUGGAAUAGGGAAUCACUCUCCAAUGUAUGGAUCUAUUGAGAAACCUAAUCAAAUUAGGAAAGCUAGUUUGAUCUACAGCUAUGAAUAAGAGGUUUUUAUUGAACAGUUUCUACAACUUCUUUUCUCUA